UAUUGUAUACUUUUGUCCCUUUUUCUUGUUCUAUAAAUAGACUUUGACACGCUCAACUCUACCAUAACUUCAAAGGCCAAAUAUAUUUUUUCUUCAUAGGAAAGCAAAAUCUCUGUCAGUUUUUUCUUCUCAUCCUAAAAUUUCAUCAUCAUGUCUCAGACCGUUGUUCUCAAGGUUGGCAUGUCAUGCCAAGGCUGUGUCGGAGCUGUGAACAGGGUUUUGGGCAAAAUGGAAGGUGUUGAAUCAUUUGACAUCGAUAUAAAGGAGCAAAAAGUGACAGUAAAGGGAAAUGUUGAACCAGAAGCUGUUUUCCAGACUGUUUCAAAGACUGGAAAGAAGACUUCUUUCUGGGAAGCAGAAGCAGCACCAGCACCAGCUGUACCCGAAACAAAGCCCGCAGAAACAAAGCCCGUAGAAGAAAAGCCUGCAGAUACACCAGCUGAGCCCGAACCAAAGCCCGCAGAAGAAAAGCCCGCGGAAACUGUUGCUGCAGCCUGAUGAUAGCUUAAUGUAGUGAAAACUUAAACCAUGCUUAUGAUUUAUGCUACUUUAUGACUAUAGCAGAGUGUGAUAUGUAACAAUUAAUCAGAGACGAAAUAAUUGUCUUUCUAAUUUUCUGCAUUUGGUAAUUUUCUUGUAAUGUGGAUAGCAAGUCCUACUAUCUUACAUAAAGGAACAAUCUAUUCAUAUAGUCAGUUCUAUAUUUAA